UGAUAGACGACCAGCCCACUCGAUCAGCUAUCAUGGCCGUCAACACUGCAGUUGUUGGCGUUUUUGCAACUGUCUUCUGUCUGCAAGCCGUGUCUGCUUUUAUACCCUACCCAGACAUUCGCUGUCCUCAAUCUGCAGACGACUGCUGGUGCUCACAUGGACCUGUAAACUUAAUAUCAGAUCGUUUUGGAUGUCUACGGUGCUCCUGUGAACCUGACCCAUGCCCUCAUGAGUGUGACUAUUUAUGUCCUCAUGGAAAUGUCAAGGACAAAAAUGGAUGUAAUACAUGCACGUGUAAACCUGACCCAUGUCCUCAUGAGUGCGACUUCUUAUGUCCUCAUGGAAAUGUCAAGGACAAAAAUGGAUGUAAUACAUGCGAGUGUUUACCAGGCAUAAAGCCAUUCUGUCCCACUGUGGAGUGUGGAUUAGUCUGUCCUAAUGGUGGAUUCGCACAAGAUUCAAAUGGAUGCACGAUUUGUGCAUGCGAAUCAGAUUACCUUUGUCCUAUAAGCUGGCCUAGUUUUAAGAGAAUCUGUCCCCCCGUUGCUUGAGGAAGACUCUUCCAGAUGUCCAGUUUCAAAAUGCAAACCAGAUCCGCC